CUAACAGCUAACUUAAGCUAACCAAUGUAAAACAUGUCCGAUUUCAGUGAAGAAGGCGGAGGAGAGAAGCGUCCAGGCUCUUCAAUGACCAAGGCUGUGGAGGACGUCGGUCAACACAGCUUCACGCAGACCGAGGCCCUGAAGGAGACACAGGAAACCCUCAGCUCCCUGCAGGCGACUCUUUCAGAUGGUCAGAAGAAGGCUGAGCUGGCAGAGCAGGAACUGAGAUCCAAAGUGAGGGAAAUGCUGGUGCUGGAGGGGAACGUAGAGCAGCUGCAGCGGCAGACAGAAGUCCUGCAGGAUCGUUGUGUGUCCAUCAGCAAGGAAAACACACAACUCCACUUUCGCAUAUGUGAGGAGGAAGAGAACGCUUGCACAGCGCUGGCAGGGAUCAAAAGCUACCGGCACAAGAUGGAGGGCCACAGAGCCGCUGUCUUGCGUGUGGCGAGCCAGACGGAGGCAUAUAAAGAGCUGGAGGAGAAGAGGGCGCUGGUCAGGAUGUUGACACAGAAGAAAGAAGAACUGAGGGAGGAUUUGGAGAGCUCAAAUGGAAACACAGCACAUUUGGCAAAGGAAGAGAUUUAUGCUCUGAAGGACGAGAUCGCUGUGAUGAGGACGAUCAUAGCUGAGCGGAGAGAGCGAUUACAGAAAGAGUCUAAAACUCAUACCCAGAUGAAGAAAGACAUAAAGAUCCAGAACAGGCGUUACGAAGCCAUCGUCAAGCGACUCUACUGCCAACUGAGCAGGGCCCAGGCUGCCCACAGUCAAAUGUGUGAAGAUAUCUACCACAUGGAGAGACAGCUAGCUGAGCUCAAGAAGCAGCAGGAGUCAUCACAGGACGCAGUGGGCCGUGGCCAGUAGACUGUAGUGUCAGCUUGUCUAAUUUCAAUAUGGUUCAUGAUACGUUUUUAUAAUUGUCUUCUUAUCAGAUCCAAUAUUAUCCAUUGUUAUAAAUAUUCAGGGUCUGAACUUUUGCUGUUGCAAAAUUCAAACAGCAGGGGACAGCAUUGUCAACUAAAUGCUUUUAUCUGUUUAACUUCAUCACAAUACCCUCACCUAUUCUGCUGUAGACAGUUUAAUACCAGAUAUUAACAUAAAGGUUAAAGCUCCAA